GCCGGAAGUAGAUGUAGAAAGUUUUUUCCGCAGUGGAGCUGCUGGACCUGCGCACUAGCGGGCAGGGUGUAGCCUGUAGCCUGGUCAGAUGUAGAACUUUUCCUCUGCGACUUUUCUCCUUCAUGGCGGCGCUCAGGGAUCAGUAGCUGAAGAAGGAGCGGAAUAAAGUGGAGAAAAGAGAGAAGAGAAAGGAGAGAAUACAGAGCAGGAAGGGUGGAAGUGCAUGGUUUUGUCUGGGGCUCCGCAGGGCUGUUGAGAAGGCGCAGGGAGAGCAGGAACAGGAAGGUGCUCGGUUUGGGGAACGCGCCAGGACGCACGGAGACGACAAUGCGCGGCGUGGCUCUGGCUCUGCUGGCUCUGCUGGCCGUGUGCGCGCGGCGCGCUCACGCAGCCAUGGACGAGUGCGUGGACGAGCUGAGCCGCCGGCCUCAGAGCUGCAUGCCCGAGUUCGUGAACGCGGCGUUCAACAUGACCGUGGUGGCCACCAACACAUGCGGCUCUCCUCCUGAAGAGUACUGCGUGCAGACCGGCGUCACCGGAGUCACCAAGUCGUGCCACAUCUGCGAUGCCCGAGACCCGAGACAGCAUCACAGCGCCGUCUACCUCACCGACUACAACAACCAGGCGGACAUCACCUGGUGGCAGAGCCAGACCAUGCUCGCAGGAGUCCAGUACCCCACCUCCAUCAACUUAACCCUGCACCUAGGAAAGGCCUUCGAUAUCACCUACGUGCGUCUGAAGUUCCACACCAGCCGCCCCGAGAGCUUCGUCAUCUACAAGCGCACGCGCGAGGACGGCCCGUGGAUCCCGUACCAGUACUACAGCGGCUCGUGCGAGAAAACCUACGGCAAGGUGAACCGAGGUUUCAUCCGCACCGGCGAGGACGAGCAGCAGGCGCUCUGCACGGACGAGUUCAGCGACAUCUCGCCGCUCACCGCAGGAAACGUGGCCUUCUCGACACUCGAGGGACGCCCCAGCGCAUACAACUUCGACAACAGCCUGGUGCUUCAGGAUUGGGUGACUGCGACAGACAUCAGAGUGACCCUGAACAGGCUGAACACGUUCGGAGAUGAAGUGUUCAACGACCCCAAGGUCCUGAAGUCGUACUACUACGCCAUCUCCGACUUUGCUGUGGGAGGAAGGUGCAAGUGUAACGGCCACGCCAGCGAGUGUGUGAAGAACGAGUACAGCAGGCUGGUGUGUAACUGCAAGCACAACACAGAGGGCGAUGACUGCAACGUGUGUAAACCCUUCUAUAACGACCGGCCGUGGAAAAGAGCCACCACUGACAACGCCAACGAGUGUCUGCCAUGUAACUGCAAUGGCAAGAGCAGCGAAUGUUUCUUCGACCCGGCUCUGUACCGUGCCACGGGUCACGGAGGUCACUGCCGCAACUGCGCCGACAACACGGACGGCCCCAACUGCGAGCGCUGCCUGGACAACUACUACAGAGUGGGUCCAAACCAGCGCUGCCUGCCCUGCAGCUGUAACCCUGUUGGCUCUCUGAGCACUCAGUGCGACAACACGGGCCGCUGUAGCUGCAAACCGGGUGUGAUGGGAGAUAAGUGUGACCGCUGCCAGCCCGGAUACCACUCCCUGACCGAGGCAGGCUGCAGCCCCUGCUCCUGCAACCCUGCCGGAAGCACACAGGAGUGCGAUGUCAAUACAGGACGCUGCCAGUGCAAGGAAAACGUGGACGGCUUCAGCUGCGACAGGUGUAAACUCGGCUUCUUCAACCUGGACCCCCAGAAUCCUCAGGGAUGCAUGCCAUGCUUCUGCUUCCAUCAUUCCACUGUGUGUGCGAGUGCAGAAGGCUACAGCAUACACACCCUCAAGUCCACCUUUGAUCAAGGUGAUGAAGGCUGGAAGGGUCAGCAGAGAGACAGCUCCAGCGUGCCAGUGCACUGGUCUCCGAGCUCUCAGGAGAUCUCGCUCAUUUCAGAGGAUUACUUCCCCAUGUACUUUGUGGCUCCAGAGAAAUUUUUGGGGAACCACAUCCUGAGCUACGGUCAGAACCUGACACUCAACUUCCGGGUGGAUCGCCGUGACACUCGUCUUUCAGCCGAGGAUGUGGUGCUGGAGGGGGCAGGACUCCGCAUCGCUGUGCCGCUCAUCGCUCAGGGAAACGCUUAUCCUGACGACCAGAUGCAGACCUAUGUGUUCAGGCUCCAUCACACCCCAGACUCCUCUACCUGGAGACCAGAGCUGAAACACGCAGAGUUCCAGAAGCUUCUCCACAAUCUUACUUCCAUCAAGAUCCGUGGAACCUACAGCGAGAGAAGUGGUGGAUAUCUGGAUAACAUGUCUUUGGUGACUGCGCGGCGAGGACACGGGGAUCCAGCACGCUGGGUGGAGAAGUGUUCAUGUCCUCCCGGCUACGAGGGUCAGCACUGUGGGAAAUGCGCUCUGGGAUACAGGAGGAGCCAACCAGAGCUGGGUCAAUUCAGCCCCUGUGAAACCUGCAACUGCAAUGGCCACAGCGACACCUGCGACCCUGUAACAGGAAUGUGUAACUGUGAGCACAAUACAUUUGGCAUGAGCUGUGAGAGGUGUAAGGAUGGUUUCUAUGGCGAUGCCACAGUGGGUUCGGCUUCUGACUGUAAACCGUGCCCGUGUCCUGCAGGAACCGCCUGCGCGAUCGUGCCCAAAACCAAAGAGGUGGUGUGCACCAACUGUCCGCUCGGCACCACAGGGAAACGUUGCGAGCUUUGCGACGACGGAUUCUUCGGCCCCCCACAAAAAGUUAACGGUGUAGUGAGGGUGUGCCGGGCGUGCAACUGCAACAAUAACAUCGACCCCAACGCCGUGGGCAACUGUGACCGCGAUAGUGGCGAGUGCCUCAAGUGCAUCUACAACACGGACGGCUUUUUCUGUGAUCGCUGCAAAGAUGGUUACUAUGGCAACGCCUUGGCUAGCAACCCAGCUGAAAAGUGCAAAGCUUGUGCGUGCUCUCGGUACGGCACGGUGGACGGACAGAAGACCUGCACGCAGGUGACGGGGCAGUGCGAGUGUCUCCCUCACGUCACCAACCGAGACUGCAGCGCCUGUGAGCCCGGCUACUACAACCUUCAGAGCGGAGAAGGCUGCCAACGCUGCAACUGCAACCCUAUUGGCUCCACGAAUGGGCAGUGUGACAUUGUGAGUGGACAGUGCGAGUGCCAGCCUGGGGUCAAGGGUCAGCACUGUGAGCGCUGUGAAGUCAACUUCUUCGGCUUCAGCUCGUCUGGAUGCAAACCCUGCGACUGCGACCCUGAGGGCUCGCGGACAGCUCAGUGCAGAGACGACGGCCGGUGCGAGUGUCGGCCCGGCUUCGUCGGUAAUCGCUGUGAUAUGUGUGAGGAGAACUACUUCUACAACCGCUCUGUCUCUGGCUGCCAACAGUGUCCCAACUGCUACAGUCUCGUCAGGGACAAGGUGAACCAGCAGAGACAGAAGCUCCAUGACCUGCAGAAUCUGAUCGACAACUUGGGCAGCCAGGAUACAGUGAGCGACAAAGCCUUCGAAGACCGUCUCAAAGAGGCCGAGAAGACCAUCAUGGAUUUACUGAAGGAGGCUCAGGCCAGCAAAGAGGUGGACAAAGACCUCUUGGAUCGUCUUAAGAGCAUCAACAGCACGCUGACGACGCAGUGGAACCGGCUGCAGAACAUCAGGAACACCGUGGAAGACACCGGAAACCUGGCGGAUAAGGCACGCAGCAGAGUGAGCGAGACGGAAAAACUCAUCCAGCGGGCUAGAGAGGAGCUGGACAAGGCGAAGGAUGCCAUCAGCAAAGUGGAUAUCAAAAUUCCCACAACCACUGGAGAUCCGAACAACAUGACGCUCCUGGCUGAGGAGGCGCGCAGUCUGGCAGAGAAGCAUAAGACAGAUGCAGAUCAGAUUGAGAAGAUUGCGAAAGACGCUAACGACACUUCGACUAAAGCCUACAACCUGCUGAUGAAGACGCUGGACAGCGAGGACAAGAUCAACAAGGACAUUGAUGACCUGAACAAGAAGUACAACGAGGCCAAGGAUCUGGCGAAGAACCUGGAGAAACAGGCCACUAAAGUACGAGCUGAAGCAGAAGAAGCAGGAGACAAGGCUAUGAAGAUCUACGCUAACCUGACCAGCCUGCCUCCAUUCGAUAUCAGAUCACUGGAGGAUGAAGCCAAUAAAAUAAAGAAGGAGGCAUCGGACCUGGAUAAGCUUAUCGAUAAAACCGAGAGGGAAUACAACGAUCUAAGAGAAGACUUGAGAGGAAAAGAAAACGAUGUGCGCAGACUGCUGGAGAAGGGAAAGACUGAGCAGCAGACAGCGGAUCAGUUGCUGGCACGGGCCGAUGCAGCCAAGGCCCUGGCAGAGGAGGCAGCAAAGAAAGGCCUGUCCACAUACCAGGAGGCGAAGGACAUUCUCAACAACCUCCGAGACUUCGAUAAGAGAGUGAACGACAACAAGACCACAGCGGAGGAGGCUUUGAAACGCAUCCCACAAAUCAACGCGACAAUCAACGCAGCCAGUGAGAAGACUCGUCAGGCCGAGACGGCCCUCGGCAACGCGGCGGCCGACGCUAAAGAGGCCAAAUCCAAAGCAGAGGAAGCUGAGAAAAUCGCCAGCAAUGUCCAGAAGGGUUCGGCUAAAACCAAAGCCGAAGCAGAAAAGGCCUUUGGUGACACGAUGAAGCUGGACGACGAGGUGAAGGACAUGAUGAAGCAGCUGGCAAACGCAGAGAACGAGCUGGAGAAGAAGAAAGAAGAGGCAAUGCAGGACAUGAUGAUGGCUUCUAUGGCAUCAGACAACGCGAAGGAAGCAGAAGAAAACGCACGCAAAGCCAAAAACUCCGUCCGCACUGUUCUCGACGCAAUCGCUGACUUACUCGGCCAGCUAGGCAACAUUGACAAGGUGGAUCUGAGUAAGCUGGACCAGAUCGACAGAUCUCUGAAGGAGGCCAAGGAGAAAAUGGCAGGCAGCGACUUGGACAGGAAGCUGAAGGAGCUGAAUGACGUGGCCAAGAGCCAGGAGGAUAUGAUCACCGAUUACGACCGGCAGAUCCGCGAGAUCCGUUCUGACAUCGCCAACCUCAACGACAUCAAGAACACUCUGCCGAACGGCUGCUUCAACACGCCGUCCCUCGAGCGGCCUUAACCUCUCAUCCUCUCAUCCUCUCAUCCUCUCAUCCUCUCAUCCCUCCCUCUCCGCCCCUUCCUGUCUCUACUACACCUGUCGCCAUCUAACAUUUGGGGCAAGAUGCCAUCUUUUACCAAAAUCUCUCUCUCUUUUUUUUUUUUUUUUUUCGUUUGUUUUAGCUGUGUUUUCUUCUCCAUCAGUGAAGCCACAUUUUUAUCAAAUCCGACAAUUCACAGACAAUAGCAGCUUUUUACUACCGCAUAUGCAAUCAUACUGAAAAGACAGGCUUGGAGAGGCGGCUUCUCGAGUUGUGUGACCGCACCAUCUCCAGAACUUUUAUUUCCUCCUCCAUCCUGCCUUCAAUCCCAGUGAAGCAGUCUCAUCAGUUUGCUUGGAGAAGGGUGUGAUAUUUUUUUGUUAUAACUUUUUUAAGCUACUAUCCAGCACAUUACUUUAUAACUCCAACUAUUUACCAUUGGUUCAGAAAACGGACAGUGAAGGAAUCUUAGUUGCUGUUUUCUUUGUAAUCUGCCUCUCUCUCUCUCUCUCUCUCUCUCGCUCUCGCGCACGCCUGUGUGUGUGCGCUUUCACAAAGCUAUAGACACCAGCUAUCAGUGGCUGUGCAGAGAGAGCUAGCAACACACACUACAGUACAGUAUUCAGCUCGUCUCAUCUUGUCUCAUGAGCGUAACUGCAAACAGUGAUGCACAGAAGCCGUGUAGAUUCAGACUUCAUAUCCCGUUCACAUUCAGCUCAGUGGUCUAAACACAUUUCAUGUAGUCAUUCUAACGCUACACCGUCGUCAUCUUCUAUAAAAGCUGCUGCUUCCUUACAGGUGUACUGCAAAUCACACGUUCACAUUUUUAUUUUCAAGGCAAAAUUUCAACACUAUGCAACUUUGUACAUUUGCGCAGCGAGACUUAUCUGAUACACUGGUGCUAAUAAUUAUUUCAAAUGUUAUAUUUUUGUGUGAAUGUUUUUUUUAAUUAUUAUUAUUAUGAUAUAGAGUGAGGAUUUUUUUUUUUUUUUUUUUUGUGUAAAUAUAUUCUUAAAUGUUUCAGGAAUGGCUGAUUUUUGAAACUCCAUCACCACCCAGCCAGCUGUAGGUUAUUUCACAAGAGAAAAUCAGCUAAAAUCUCCACCUCCAUAAUAUAUAAAUCUAUAUAUAUAUCAAGUUCUGUGGUAUAAUAUGCUUGCUUGUAUACAUGGCUAAUUUUUUGUUGCCUCAUAGCGCUGCCAUUUAUUUUAAUUGUGUUUAAUUCUCAGCGGGUGGUUAAUUAAUAAAUAAAAAAAGAUAUAAUGCUUUUGUAAGAAGAACACUCCCUUAACUAAAACUGCCUAAACACGUACAAGAUGGCUAACAUUUCAAAAAGUGUUUUGACAGCUAGCUGGUCACGUGACUAGUUCAGCAGAUAUGAUGGUGUCUUGUGCCUUAACUGCUGGAGAAGAUCGUCAGCCCACCUACUCCAAGAUUUAUAUACUUUUUUUUUUUAUAAGGCUGUACUCAGAAAAUGUGCACACACUAUGCGAUUCUUGUUGUCACUUGUUUUGAAGAAGCAGGAAGAGUAUUAAGCACUCCGCUACAGAUACAGCUUCUCAGAGAAAUUAUUACUCAUUUUUUGUCUCAUUUCUGGUCAUGAAUGGCUUUGACACUCCUACUUUAUGUAUAUUUCCUGGUGAAUUUAUCCUGAACACUUCUUCGAAACCUCUCGCAUUACCACUGUGGACACGAGUGCAACAUGUACACAGUUAUGUAUACAACAGUAUUUCUAAUUUAUAAUAGAACAAGUAUUUGUUUAUGCUGUUCUUCAGUAUGUGGGUGUGUGUUGCACAGUCUUUAAGUUGGUUUUAAGCUCCUGCUUUCCUCUGUUGAUCUUCAAGGCACUCUUCACACACACCACACACUCGAAAGGGCCUGAGAAACUCCAGCUUGUCACCCAUUUGCCUGUUAAAUCAAAUUAUAACAUUUGAAUAAUAAACUGUGGUUAUUUCCUGAUAACCUGA